CACCACCACCAUGGCUGCACCCAAAUCUGAAGAGUUGCCGUAUCCUUUGAAGCGCAAUGCGCUCGCUUCGACACGCCUCAACUUCAAUCAUUUCUGGAUGAAGGGCCUUGCCGGUUACUUGCUGCAUCCUGAGAUACCAACAGAUCAGGAAGGACUCCGCAUUGCCGACCUUGGAGCAGGCACAGGAAUCUGGGUAUCAGAGGUUGCUGCGGGUCUUCCAAACGCCGAGUUCGACGCAGUCGACAUAUCCGCCGACCAGUUCCCCCCAGAGCCGUUCCGUGCCCCCAACGUGCGGUUCUGGACCCACAACUGCUUCGAGCCCUUCCCCGACGAGUAUCUAGGCAAAUUCGACAUUGUCAAUGCCCGCUUCUGGUUAUGCAUUGUCAACGAUGAUGUGGCAGACAAACUCUUGGACAAUUUCCUCACCCUGCUCAAACCCGGUGGCUUUCUGCAGUGGUUCGAACCGCUGCCUGAUACCGCGCGAGUGGUAUCCCGCAACGGUGGAGCGCCACACCCUGCCUGCGAUAGAUUAGUAGAAACCUGGAAGAAGCCCACGGCCAGCAGUUCGUACGAGUGGGUUCAUGCGCUCGCCGCACGGAUUGAGCAGAGAGGCCUCGAAGUGGUGGCGGAAGACAAGCAUAAGAAUCCCGACUACUACCUGCCUAUCGCAGCACAAACAGUUCUCCUGGGACUAGCCGAGUACCUCUACAAGGACCCUGCUAUUGAGAAGUAUCAGGAGUCGUUGGCCCAGGAGCACAGCAAGGGGUCCUAUGUGGAUGUUACAUGGACCUGUGUUGUGGCACGCAAGGCUCUCUAAAGGGCGCGUUGCGAGACCCAACGAGUUGGUACGCUAGCUAGGGUAGAUGAUCCUUCGUCUUUGACGUGCCGCACACUUGCACAGAACAUCAUGGGGCGUCUUUCGGCUGGGAUCAGCGUUUGCUUUAUCCAUCCAAUCAAAAUGUGUCUGUCAGCA